AUGGCUGGCUGCGGGCUGUCAGAAGACGCUUGCUUCUCCUCCUUCUUUUACAACUACACCUCCUCCUGGGAGACCUCCUACAACCAGUGUGCUGCUCUGGUUGGUGAAGACCAGCCUCUUUGCCCAGAUCUCCCAGAACUUGACCUCUCUGAACUAGAUGUGAAUGACUUGGAUGCCGACAGCUUUCUGGGGGGACUCAAGUGGUACAGCGACCAGUCAGAGAUCAUCUCCAAUCAGUACAGCAAUGAACCUGCCAAUAUUUUCGAGAAGAUAGAUGAAGAGAGCGAGGCAAACUUGCUAGCUGUUCUCACUGAAACCCUGGACAGCAUCCCUGUGGAUGAGGAUGGAUUGCCCUCGUUUGACGCACUGACAGAUGGAGAUGUGACCAACGAAAAUGCCACUAGCCCUUCCCCAAUGCCCGACGGCACCCCUCCGACUCAGGAGGCAGAAGAGCCGUCUCUACUUAAGAAGCUCUUGCUGGCUCCAGCCAACACUCAGCUAAAUUACAAUGAAUGCAGUGGUCUCAGCACACAAAACCAUGCAAACACUAAUCACAGGAUCAGAACAAGCCCUGUGGUUGUUAAGACUGAGAAUUCAUGGAGCAAUAAAGCGAAGAGCAUUUGUCAACAGCAAAAGCCUCAAAGACGUCCCUGCUCUGAACUUCUCAAGUAUCUGACUACAAAUGAUGACCCUCCUCAGACCAAACCAGCAGAGAACAGGAACAGCAGCAAAGAGAAAUGCACCUCCAAAAGGAAGCCCCAUCUGCAGUCUCAGACAAAUCAUCUGCAAGCCAAACCAACAAGUUUAUCACUUCCAUUGACACCUGAGUCACCAAAUGAUCCCAAGGGUUCCCCAUUUGAGAACAAGACAAUUGAACAAACCUUAAGUGUGGAACUCUCUGGAACUGCAGGCCUAACUCCACCUACAACCCCUCCUCAUAAAGCCAACCAGGAUAAUCCUUUCAGGACUUCACCUAAGCCGAAGUCAUCAUGCAAGACUGUUGUACCACCUUCCAAAAAGCCCCGCUGUAGUGAGUCUUCCAGUUCUCAAGGAAAUAACCCAACCAAGAAGGGUCCAGAACAGUCUGAGCUGUAUGCACAGCUUAGCAAGACUACAGUACUGUCCAGUGGACAUGAGGAGAGAAAGACAAAACGGCCCAGUUUGCGGCUGUUUGGUGACCAUGACUACUGUCAAUCUGUGAAUUCAAAAUCGGAAAUACACAUUAAAAUAUCCCAGGAACUUCAGGACUCCAGACAACUAGAAUUUAAGGAAUCUUUACCUGGGUGGCAGUGUCAGAUUUGUUCUUCUUUAGAACAAGACCAGUAUUUCAAGAAAGAGACUCUACAGACAAGUAAGCAGGGAUCCCACGGUAAUAACAGAAAACAGCUCCAAGACCAGGAAAUUCGGGCUGAACUGAACAAGCAUUUUGGUCACCCCAGCCAAGCUGUUUUUGAUGAAGAAGCAGAUCAGAGCAGAGAACUAAGGGACGGUGAUUACAGUAAUGAACAGUUCUCCAAACUACCUAUGUUUAUAAAUUCAGGACUAGCAAUGGAGGGUCUCUUUGAUGACAGUGAAGAUGAAAGUGAUAAACUAUGCUACCCUUGGGAUGGGACACAAGCCUAUUCAUUAUUUGAUGUAUCGCCUUCUUGCUCUUCUUUUAACUCUCCAUGCAGAGAUUCGGUGUCUCCACCCAAAUCUUUAUUUUCUCAAAGAUCCCAAAGGACACGCUCUAGAUCAAGGUCCUUUCCUCAAUGCAGGUCUUGUUCCCGUUCUCCAUAUUCCCGAUCGAGAUCAAGGUCGCCCUGUAGUAGAUCCUCUUCAAGAUCUUGUUGCUAUUGUGAGUCCAGCCACUGUAGACACCGAGCAUACAGAAGUUCUCCCUUACGUGCAAGAUCGCAAUCCAGAUCACCGUGCAGUCACAGACCCAGGUAUGACAGCUAUGAGGAGUAUCAGCAUGAAAGGCUGAAGAGGGAAGAAUACCGCAAAGAGUAUGAAAAACGGGAAUCUGAAAGGGCCAAACAAAGGGAGAGACAGAGACAGAAAGCAAUUGAAGAACGCCGUGUGAUUUAUCUGGGGAAAAUCAGACCUGACACAACCCGAACAGAACUGAGGGACCGGUUUGAAGUUUUUGGUGAAAUUGAGGAGUGUGCAGUAAAUUUGCAGGAUGAUGGAGACAGCUAUGGUUUCAUCACCUACCGCUACACUUGUGACGCCUUCGCUGCUCUGGAGAAUGGAUACACCUUGCGCAGGUCGAACGAGCCGGACUUUGAGCUGUACUUCUGUGGACGCAAGCAGUUGUGCAAGUCUAACUAUGCAGAUCUAGAUUCAAACUCGGACGAUUUUGAUCCUGCUUCCACUAAAAGCAAGUACGACUCCAUGGAUUUUGAUAGUUUACUUAAAGAGGCACAGCGGAGCCUGCGUAGGUAA